AUGAUUUCUGCUUCUGAAGUCAUAGUUUGUGUCAUUGUGAAACCAACCAACCCACCAUCCAAACCCACCAACCAACCCACCAACUCAGCAACCAACCCACCAACCAACCCAUCAACCCACCAACUCACCAACCCACCAAUUCACCAACCCACCCUCCAAACCCACCCUCCAAACCCACCCACCAACCCACCAACCAACUCACCAACCCACCAAUUCACCAACCCACCAACUCACCAACACACCAAUUCACCAACCCACCCUCCAAACCCACCCACCAAUCCACCAACCAACCAACCAACCAACCCACCAAUUCACCAACCCACCCACCAACUCACCAACCAACCCAUCAACCAACCCACCCACCAACCCAUCAACCAAACCCACCAACCAACCCACCAACUCACCAACCAACCCAUCAACCAACCAACCAACCCACCAACCCACCAACUCACCAACCAACCCACCAACUCAGCAACCAACCCGCCAACCAACUCACCAACUCACCAACCCACCAAUUCACCAACCCACCAACCCACCAAUUCACCAACCCACCCUCCAAACCCACCCACCCACCAACCAACCAACCCACCAAUUCACCAACCCACCCACCAACUCACCAACCAACCCAUCAACCAACCCACCACCCAACCCACCAACUCACCAACCAACCCAUCAACCAACCCACCCACCAACUCACCAACCAACCCAUCAACCAACCCACCACCCAACCCACCAACUCACCAACCAACCCAUCAACCAACCCACCCACCAACUCACCAACCAACCCAUCAACCAACCCACCCACCAACUCACCAACCAACCCAUCAACCAACCCACCCACCAACCCAUCAACCAACCCACCAACCAACCCACCAACUCACCAACCCACCAAUUCACCAACCAACCCACCAACUCACCAACCCACCAAUUCACCAACCAACCCACCAAUUCACCAACCCGCCAACCAAUCAAUCAGUCAGUCAGUCAGUCAAUCAACCGGUGUAA